UGAACUUGGACCCAUAGCAACAAAGACAGGAAACAAGCCCGCAGUGGUGGUACACACUUAAAAUCAGCCUGGACAACGUAGUGAACUCCAGAAUAGGCUGGCCUACAGAAAGAGCCUCUUUACCCUCUAACCCUCAGAUCUCACUCCAAACCAAAAAGAAACAAACCGAUCCCCCAAAUAAAGGACAACAACAAGAAAACCGAGUUGGAAUCAAUGAGAAAAUAGUCCCUCGGGAAGGUUCCAGGGAAGGAACCUCAGCCCCACUCCAAGCAAGUCACAAUGGCUGAAGCUCUGCACGGGACCAGGCAACCUGACCCAGGAGGAGAGGAGGAAGUCCAAGAAGAGAUGGCUGCCAGUCAUCCCUAUUUCAACCUACCUGACUUCACCCAGCCAUCGCCGCCCUCCACUCCAGCCAGCCUCCCCUCCAAACAUCACCAUUGCUGCGGGCCCUCCAAUGCCACCAAAGGCCUGUUUGUGGCUCUGCUGGGUGGAGGCCUGUCUGCUGGCUUCGUGGGCCCAUUCUCCCGUAUGGCUUACCAGACCUCCCAGUUGCCCUCGUUGGAGCUGCUCAUCUUCCGAUGCCUCUUCCACCUCCCCAUUGCCUUGUUACUUAAGUUCCGUGGUGAUCCACUGCUGGGACCUCCUGAUGUUCGGGUUCGGGCCUUCCUCCAUGCCAUUCUUAAUGUCCUCAGCAUUGGUUGCGCCUACAGUGCUGUUCAGGUGGUGCCUGCCGGCAACGCAGUCACUGUCCGCAAAGGUUCUUCCACUGUGUGCUCUGCCCUCCUGGCACUCUGCCUCGAGAGCCAGGGUCUCAGUGGCUACGCCUGGUGUGGCCUGUUUGGCAGCACCCUUGGGCUAAUCAUCAUCGUGGGACCUGGACUAGGGACACUGCAAGAAGGGACUACUGGCCUCUACACAGCCCUGGGCUAUGUACUGGCUUUCCUGGGAGGACUGGCACUGUCACUGGGGCUGCAGAUUUACCGCUCUCUACACUUCCCUUCCUGCCUACCAACUGUGGCCUUCCUAUUUGGCCUGGUGGGGCUAAUGGUCUCUGUACCAGGCCUCUUUGUGCUGCAGACCCCUGUGCUACCCCAAGACACUCUAAGCUGGAGCUGUGUGGUGGCAGUGGGGCUCCUUGCAUUGGUUUCCUUUGUAUGUGUGAGCUAUGCAGUCACCAAGGCCCACCCUGCCCUGGUAUGUGCUGUCCUGCACUCUGAGGUCGUGGUAGCCCUCAUGCUGCAGUAUUACGUGCUCUAUGAGACCGUGGCACCUUCUGACAUCAUGGGAGCAGGGGUUGUGUUGGGCAGCAUUGCCAUCAUUACUGCCCAGAACCUCAGUUGUGAUAAGGAAGGGCAAAUGGAGGAAUGAAAUCAAACUUAAGGGGGGAGGGGGAGGGGGGACAGGGGUAAAUAGGAGAGAUGGGAAUAAAAACCAUGGGAGAACAAAUGCCUGGCAAAGAACUGGUGUGGAGGACCAGUAAGAUAGCUCAGCAGAUAGAAGCUAACGCUACCAAGUCUGAUCUAUAUGGUAGACGGAGAGAACCGACUCCUACAGAUUAUCCUCUCUAUACAUGCGCUGUGGCGUGCUUACACACAAAAUAAAAAAAGUAUUAAA